CUGUCUCGACUUCUUCAUCUCCUACUCCUGACGCACCACGCGCACCCUGGUGACAAUGAGCAGCAUGGAGUCGCCGGAGCGUGAGCAGUCUGCGCCUCAGCCCGAGGAGCCCGUGACCUCCAUCGAGGAUGACGGCGCCAUUUCGGAAGACCAGUGGCAAGGCAUGGGGGAUAUGCUUAUGGCAAUCUACGACUAUCGUGAGCAGGAUGGUCAUGACCCCUCGCGAUUGUUCCAUCGCAGUGUCAACAAACGCAUCGUCCCGGACUACUACGAUAUUAUUAAGGAGCCAAUGGCACUCAGUAUCAUCAAGCAAAGAAUCAACAAGCGUGAAUAUAAGCAAAUUGCUGAUUUCGUGCGCGAUUUUGCCUUGAUCCCUCACAAUGCGCAAACCUACAAUCGACCCAAGUCGCAGGCGUACGAGGAUGCGCUAGUCAUCAAGGAUGUUAUCGUCUCGGAGUUGAAGAAGCUGGUCGAGAAGGAUCUCCUCAGCGCUGAAGAAGCUGAGUUGCCGGAUCUGGGCGAAAUUCCAGAGGCAGACCCUUUGCCCGAUGACGAUGAGGAAGAUGAAGAUGAGGACGAGGACGACGAGGAGGACAGCGACGACGAGCGUCGGAAGAAGAAGCCAGGCCCGAAGCCAGGUUCCAAGCGUGGAGGCCACAAGCAAGAGCCUGAUACCCGCAAGAAACGUGGGAGGCCCCCACGUGUGGACACUCCGAUGGAAACCCGGAUCAAGACCAUUCUCAAGGGAAUUCGCAAACACAAGGGCCCGGGUGGCCAAUUGAAAAUUUCCCAUUUCGAACGCCUCCCGGACAAGAUCGCCUAUCCAGAUUACUACAUGGAGAUCAAGGAGCCGAUUGCCAUUGAUAUUAUCAAGCGCAAAGCGAAGCGCAAGAAGUACAAUUCGGUCGAUCACUUCAUGCGGGAUCUAGAUCUCAUGUUCAACAAUGCCAAGGCCUACAACCAAUCAGAAAGCCAGAUCUACAAGGAUGCGGUCGAUUUACAAGGCGAGGCGCGCAAAUUGGCAGAACAGGAGAAGAAGAAGCCUGACAGCGAGUACCUAAUGGAAGACGGGCGCUUCCCCUUACCCGAUGGUAUUCUCUACCGCAACGAGCUGUGGAAGGUCGGUGACUGGGUCCACAUUCAGAAUCCCAACGAUGUCUCCAAGCCAAUUGUCGCCCAGAUUUACCGGACAUGGCAGGACUCGGAGGACCAAAAAUGGAUCAACGCCUGCUGGUACUACCGGCCGGAGCAGACCGUUCAUCACUUCGAGAAGCAUUUCUACCCCAACGAAGUGGUGAAGACUGGCCAGUACCGUGACCAUCGGGUCGAGGAGAUUGUCGACCGUUGUUUCGUUAUGUUCUUCACUCGCUACAGCCGAGGCCGCCCCCGCGAUCUCCCGCCAGACAAAGAGAUCUACGUGUGUGAGGCUCGAUACAAUGAGGAGAAACACAAGCUCAACAAGAUCAAGACAUGGGCUAGCUGCUUGCCAGAUGAGGUGCGCGAGAAGGACUAUGAAAUGGAUCUAUUUGAUGUGCCGCGCAAGAUCAAAAAGGUUCCGAGUCCGAUCAAGCAUUUGUUGAAGAGCGAUGCAAAGGAAACUGAUGAUCUUCCUCGACCGACCUGGGGUGCUGAUAAUGCGCCGCCAGUGGUGGGUGCGGUGCACCGUCGCCCUCGAGAUGAGAAUGAAUCUCCUCCUCCAGAGCCAACACCCUCUCCACCUCCUCAGCCACCAGCUCUCCCUCCACAAGCCAUGCCAGCAGUCACUCCCCGUCAAUCAAUGAGCCAACCAAUUCCAAAUGCCAAUCUAGUGCCGACGGGAGCUAUGGCAACUCCCCAGCUCCAAGCUCCAUCAUCCGCCGUGCCCGUGGCGCAGACAUCGCCAGUCCCCGUUCAUCAAGCCCCAUACCAGGCUCAAAUGAACCCGCAAAUGUACCAAGGCCCGAGCCAGCGGCGCCCAAGCAAUUUCGUGCCACAGACCCCGACCGCAGCCUACCAGGCAUCGCCAGCAGCACCGGCAUACUCAGCAGCACCACCAUCACCAUACGGCACCUACCCCCAAAAUCGGGCUCCAUCAACCGCAGCACCGGUCUACAACCCCAACGCACCCCGUCCAAUCGAAGUAUACCACCUCAACGACGCCGCCAACAGCGCAAUCCCCGCCGAUAUCCGCUCUCAAUUCCACUGCGACGCCCAGGGUCACGUCCUUUUCUUCUCCGUGCCCCCACUCGACCUGAUCCCGCCAUCAGAACAAAAACUCGGCCACUCACUAAAGUACCUCGCCACGAAAGAAGAACGAGCGAAAAAGGUCGCCGAGCACAAACGAAAGCGGGCCGAGGAACAGCGAGAGCGCCAAGAGGCAGCUAAACGCAAGCGUGCCGACGAGGAAAACGCCCUGGCCGAGCAAAUCGCGACGUUGACUCCGAAAGCGAUCGAAAGCCUGGUGCAACAAGUCGUGUCGGGCACGGAUGAAUUGUACAAGGCUGUCUACGACGAUCAAGCAGAGAGCGUGCGUGUCGCAGAUGAAAAGGCACGGGCAAGUCGAGCCCAGGCUGAUCGCGCAAAGAGCCAAUUGAUUGCACAGAUUCAGGCGCAGACCAGGGAUGAGGGCUUUGUUAGUCUGAAGGGGAGUGCUAUGUAUCUCGGUGAUAAUUGAGGGUAUUGGAGAGUGAGAAACAGUAACAAGGGAAAUACUGAUCAUCAGUUCAUGGUUCGGCGUCUUGAAAUCGAUGAUUUUGGGUGGGAAACACUUAUUGAAGGUAAGGGCGUUUUGCGAGAAAGUGUAUUGAAUAACGAUGAGUAGAGCAGAGAAUCAGACCGAACUUGGAUUCGAACUCAAACUAGAAGUUGAUAAUUGAUUGCCCUACACAGCCAACAAGUAUACUUCAAGAUACAAGGCUAAUACUGGCUACCUACAGCGUUGUACGAUUUUAUAGAAACAGUAAGCGGUCUAUAAGAAUCAAUUGAUGAACCAGUAGUAUAUUUGCACAUCUCCCAUUUAUCAAUUGACAAUUGUACAGCGCGGGCAGGCCAGGCCAGGCGAGACUGGACUGCAAUGACGAAAGAAGAGAAUCUUGUAAAAAGCACCUCAAGUAGGGGAAAACACCAAAAUCUUUUGCAAAGACAAAGACGGGGGGAGAGUAGAGAAGGAAGAGGUAGUAGUGGUAGAAGGAGAGGGAAUGCGAAUCGUUUGACUCAUAGAGAAAAGGCAAGCUAGAUCAAGGCAGGCAGCUGAAAAACUGCCACAGACCACACGGCUCAAGCUUGUUAUCCUCUCGAUUUCAUUCCCCAACCACGUAAGAUCACAAAGAUGAAAAGGGAAAGAGCAUUAAUACAGGAGCAGAGCAAGUGCCCAGAUUCGGAUUUUGAAAGACAAGAAGAAGCCCAGUCUCGAGAGGGAUGGGAAGGAAAAGAGGGAGGAACUAGAAAACGAGAGGACAAUGCGACGGGUCUCUAAAUGAUCCAGGAGGAGAUAAAGUAAAUAAAAAAGAAAAGGGGACACGGAAAAAGGAAACCACAAAAGUCUGUCCCAUAGUCAAGCUCCAAGAAAAGAAAAACGGCAGAAGAAAAGCGGCAAAGUCAGUCUAUGACGAGCAGAGUGUGUCGAUGAGUCUUGGUAUGCCUCGGUGACGGAAGGGCUGCAACUCACAAGUCCCGAGUAGAAAGGACCAGGGGCACGCAAUGGAUGGAUUCAAUCCAAUUCACAUAGGAAGCCGAGGGAGAAGAUCAGUGAAAGGAGGUGGUGCACUUUUAGAUUCCGAGAUAUUUUGACGCUCCGUGAUGCUGAAUGUGCCCUCGAGACGGGAAAACAAAGUUAAGAAAGAAGGGGAAAAACAAACUCCAAUGGCCUCUUUUUGGGGAAAAUGAGUAUGUCCAUAGCUGUGGACGGCGCUUGGCCCGUAUCGUCGUGAUCGUAGCGAAUGAUUACAAUGUGCAGCAAUGCAGAUUGCAAGGAUUGCUUGCAUGUACAGAACAAAGAUUAAGAGUCAUUCGAGCUCUCCUUGCUCUCAGAGUUCCAGGAGGAACUGUUGCGCUUGUUUCCCUCCUCCUCCUCCAUGGAGAAGACCAAGUCACUCUGUUCCUCCUCCUCGAUCUUGUUGGUUGUCGAAGAAAGGGUGCGAUCGAGGCGGCCGGGCCCGGCGGAAGAGUGGCGGGCCGAGCCGGGGUGGAGGGACAGACCGCUCAGCUGUUCAGAAAUCAUGGACAUGGAGGACUGGCGCCCAGGGCUGGAGACAAAUGGCGAGUUAUCGUACGAGGUACGACUGCCAAUGGGACCCAGGCUUGGACUACCGAUGGGGUUCAAUGACGAUUCGCGAAGUGGAGAGCCGAUGUGGGUGAAGGAUGAGCCGAUGGAAUCCUCUUCCUUCUUCUGUCGUUGCUUGGCAAAAAGGGCACCGAAUCGAGAUGGACUAGACGCGAGCGGCGAGCCAUUCUUCGAGAAGCUGGUGCUCGUCAUACCCAGGCUGCCGAUCUCGCGGUGACUGGAGCUCAGGUCGUGGUCCGUUCGGGAAAGACGGCGGAGCUUCUCCUGUGGCGUGAGAACAUCAUCGUGCAGAUUCAUAGGCAGAUAGUCCUCCUCCAUGGGGAAGUUCUCAUCCCAAUCAUCAAGCAAAGCGGGGCGAGGAACACUCGCAGAUAGUAUGCGGGGCUUGACCGAGCGAGAAGAGUGCAAAAACCGGGGACCAACGGAAUCUUCAGGGGCCGGGGGAGAAGAUCCAAUAUUCGACGAAGGUUUCCGCAUGUCGUAGCCGACAUCACGAAUGUUGCGGAAAGGAUCCGAGGGGCCCAUUCGCUGAGCCGGAGGGGAGGACAGUUCCCCCAGGCCGAAUUUGGAGGGCACCGAAGCAGCGACGGGGCCGUAACGAGCCGCAUGAGAGAUUCCCUGGCUAUCGAACGAUGCGGGAAGCGGAGCAUCCAGAGCCGUCAGAUGGCGGGCACUAGGCGACAUGGGGAAGCGCACAUCAUCGACGGGGGAGCCGUACUUGGAGCCGGCAUCAGAGGCGAGUCCGGUAUCGAUUGUGGGGAUCGCAUCAUAAGGUGUCUGCUGCUGCUGAGCCUGCACGAAGCCGGACUCAUCUUGCGAGGGAAGCUGCUGGGAGUAUCUUGGCUCGUGACCAUUCAGACGUUGCUGCGAGAGGACCGAGUUCGUCAAGGCAGAGUCCUGAUUCACGUAUGCCUGCGGGUUGACUCGCCCGCCCAAAUUCAAGUUACUACCACCGCCGAUACCCAUACCACCGCCGCCGCCACCACCACCACCAGCUCGAUUCACACGACGGCCAUCGGGAAGAAUAUGCGCGAGGGCGCAUUUGGCGCCAAACUUGCAGUUGCCCUAAACCAACGUGAAAGGCACAAAAGUGCCACCACGGUCAGCCGCCCGAUCGAAUGGGAAUGAUGUAGCGCAUUGAGAAACGGACUGGAAGGCCCAGG